ACCGCGGAGGGAGGAGCCCGCGGCUCAGACUUCUCAGACUGUGUGAGUGUGAGCGCGGAGGCUGCGUGCGGGUUGUUCGCUGCCGCCCUGCGGAGCUCCGGACCCAGAUCCCCGGCUCUGGAAACCAGGGAAUGUAAAGAAGUCAAAAUGGAUCCAAGUAUGGGUGUGAAUUCUGUUACCAUCUCUGUUGAGGGAAUGACAUGUAUUUCCUGUGUCCAGACCAUUGAGCAGCAGAUUGGGAAAGUGAAUGGUGUCCAUCACAUUAAAGUUUCACUAGAAGAAAAAAGUGCAACUAUUAUUUAUGACCCUAAACUACAGACUCCAAAGACUCUACGAGAUGCUAUUGAUGACAUGGGCUUUGAUGCUAUUCUCUACAAUCCUAACCCUGUCCCUGUUCUAACCAAUACCGUGUUUCUGACUGUUACUGCUCCACUGGCUCUGCCAUGGGACCACAUCCAAAGCACAUUGCUCAAGACCAAGGGCGUGAUUGAUGUGAAGAUUUCCCCUCAGCAAAGAACUGCAGUAGUAACGAUAAUCCCUUAUAUAGUGAGUGCCAGUCAGAUUGUAGAGCUGGUUCCAGACCUCAGUUUAGACGUCGGAACUCAGGAGAAAAAGUCAAGAGCUUGUGAAGAGCACAGUGUGUCUCAAGCAGGUGAAGUCAUGAUGAAGAUGAAAGUGGAUGGGAUGACCUGCCAUUCGUGCACUAGCACCAUUGAAGGAAAAAUUGGGAAGUUGCAAGGUGUUCAGAGAAUUAAAGUUUCCCUAGACAACCAAGAAGCUACUGUCGUUUAUCAACCUCAUCUUAUCACAGCAGAGGAAAUAAGGAAGCAGAUUGAAGCUGUUGGCUUUUCAGCCUUUAUCAAAAAUAAGCCCAAGUACCUCAAAUUGGGAACCAUUGAUGUUGAGAAGCUGAAGAACACACCAGUCAAAUCUCCAGAAGGAUCACAGCAAAGGAGCCUGUCGUAUCCCAGUGACUCCACAGCCACGUUUGUCGUAGAGGGCAUGCACUGUAAAUCGUGUGUGUCAAAUAUUGAAAGUGCAUUAUCUACACUCCAGUAUGUAAGCAGCAUAGUAGUUUCUUUAGAGAAUAGGUCUGCCAUUGUAAAGUACAAUGCCAGCUUGAUCACUCCAGAAAUGCUGAGAAAAGCGAUAGAGGCUGUUUCACCAGGGCAAUACAGAGUCAGUAUUGCAAAUGAAGUUGAAAGUACCUCCAACUCUCCCUCUGGCUCAUCUCUUAAAAAGAUUCCUUUGAAUAUUGUUAGCCAGCCUCUGACUCAAGAAACUGUGAUAAACAUUAAUGGCAUGACUUGUAAUUCUUGUGUGCAGUCUAUAGAGGGUGUCAUAUCAAAAAAGCCAGGUGUAAAAUCCAUCCAUGUCUCCCUCGCAAAUAGUACUGGGACUGUUGAAUAUGAUCCUCUACUAACCUCUCCAGAAACCUUGAGGGAAGCAAUAGAAGACAUGGGAUUUGAUGCUGUCUUGUCAGACAUGAAUGAGCCAUUGGUGGUGAUAGCUCAGCCCUCAUUGGAAAUACCACUUUUGCCUUUAACCAAUGAACCAGGUAGAAUGAUGUCACCAGUUCAUAACAAGGAGGAAGCAAAAACUUCAUCUAAGUGUUACAUACAGGUCUCUGGAAUGACUUGUGCUUCUUGUGUAGCAAACAUUGAACGGAAUUUAAGACGAGAAGAAGGAAUAUAUUCUGUACUUGUGGCCUUGAUGGCUGGCAAGGCGGAAGUAAGAUAUAAUCCGGCUAUUAUCCAACCUCCACUGAUAGCAGAGUUCAUCCGAGAGCUUGGAUUUGGAGCCACUGUGAUUGAAAAUGCUGAUGAAGGGGAUGGGGUUUUAGAACUUGUUGUAAGAGGAAUGACCUGUGCCUCCUGUGUACAUAAAAUAGAGUCUACACUCACAAAGCACAAGGGGAUCUUUUACUGCUCUGUGGCCCUGGCAACCAACAAAGCACAUGUUAAAUAUGAUCCAGAAAUGAUUGGUCCUAGAGAUAUUAUUCAUAUAAUUGAAAGCUUAGGUUUUGAAGCUUCUUUGGUCAAGAAGGAUCGGUCAGCAAGUCACUUAGACCAUAAACGAGAAAUAAAACAAUGGAGACGGUCCUUCCUUGUGAGUCUGUUUUUCUGUAUCCCUGUCAUGGGGCUGAUGAUAUAUAUGAUGGUCAUGGACCACCACCUUGCAACUCUUCACCAUAAUAAGAACAUGAGUAAUGAAGAAAUGAUCAGCAUCCAUUCUUCUAUGUUCCUGGAACAUCAGAUACUACCAGGACUGUCCAUUAUGAAUUUACUGUCCUUUUUAUUGUGUGUACCUGUACAGUUUUGUGGAGGCUGGUACUUCUACAUUCAGGCUUACAAAGCACUGAAGCAUAAGACAGCGAAUAUGGAUGUGCUGAUUGUAUUGGCAACCACCAUUGCAUUUGCCUAUUCUCUAGUUAUUCUUCUGGUUGCAAUGUAUGAGAGAGCCAAAGUGAACCCUAUUACCUUCUUUGAUACGCCUCCUAUGCUGUUUGUGUUUAUUGCACUGGGCCGAUGGCUAGAGCACAUAGCAAAGGGCAAAACAUCAGAAGCUCUUGCAAAGUUAAUUUCACUACAAGCUACAGAAGCAACUAUUGUGACUCUUAACUCUGAAAAUAUCCUCCUGAGUGAAGAGCAAGUGGAUGUGGAACUUGUACAACGUGGAGAUGUCAUUAAAGUGGUUCCAGGAGGCAAAUUUCCAGUGGAUGGCCGUGUUAUUGAAGGACAUUCUAUGGUAGACGAGUCUCUCAUCACAGGGGAGGCAAUGCCUGUGGCUAAAAAACCUGGCAGCACAGUGAUCGCAGGUUCCAUUAACCAGAAUGGAUCACUGCUCAUCCGGGCAACCCAUGUUGGAGCAGAUACAACCCUUUCUCAAAUUGUCAAACUUGUGGAGGAGGCACAAACAUCAAAGGCUCCUAUCCAGCAGUUUGCAGACAAACUCAGUGGCUACUUUGUUCCUUUUAUUGUCUUUGUUUCUGUUGGUACCCUCCUGGUGUGGAUCAUAAUUGGAUUUCAAAAUUUUGAAAUUGUGGAAGCCUACUUUCCUGGCUACAGUAGAAGUAUCUCCCGGACGGAAACCAUAAUCCGCUUUGCUUUCCAAGCCUCUAUCACAGUUCUGUGUAUUGCAUGUCCCUGUUCACUGGGACUGGCCACACCAACUGCUGUGAUGGUGGGCACAGGAGUAGGUGCCCAGAAUGGAAUACUUAUCAAAGGUGGAGAGCCACUGGAGAUGGCUCAUAAGGUAAAGGUAGUGGUAUUUGAUAAGACUGGAACUAUUACUCAUGGGACCCCAGUAGUGAAUCAAGUAAAGAUUAUAGUGGAAAGUAACAGGAUAUCACGCAAUAAGAUCCUGGCCAUCGUGGGAACUGCAGAAAGUAACAGUGAACACCCUCUAGGAACAGCUAUAACCAAAUACUGCAAGCAGGCGCUGGACACUGAAACCUUGGGUACCUGUACAGAUUUCCAGGUUGUGCCAGGCUGUGGUAUUAGCUGUAAAGUCACCAAUAUUGAAGGCUUGCUACAUAAGAAUAACUGGAAGACAGAGGAAAAUAACAUUAAAAAUGCAUCCCUGGUUCAAAUUGAAGCAAUUAGUGAACAGUCAGCAACUUCAUCUUCUAUGAUUAUUGAUACUCAUCUCUCAAAUCCUGUUACUACUCAACUGUACAAAGUUCUCAUUGGUAACCGUGAAUGGAUGAUUAGAAAUGGUCUUGUCAUAAGUAAUGAUGUAGAUGAUUCCAUGAUAGAACAUGAAAGAAAAGGUCGGACUGCUGUAUUGGUAGCAAUUGACGAUGAGCUGUGUGGCUUGAUAGCCAUCGCUGAUACCGUGAAACCUGAGGCAGAGCUGGCUGUCCAUAUUCUGAAAUCUAUGGGCUUGGAAGUAGUUCUGAUGACUGGAGACAACAGUAAAACAGCUCGAUCUAUUGCUUCUCAGGUUGGCAUUACUAAGGUGUUUGCUGAAGUCCUACCUUCCCACAAAGUUGCUAAGGUGAAGCAGCUUCAAGAGGAGGGGAAACGAGUAGCGAUGGUAGGAGAUGGAAUCAAUGAUUCUCCAGCUCUGGCAAUGGCAAAUGUUGGAAUUGCCAUCGGCACAGGCACAGAUGUAGCCAUUGAAGCAGCUGAUGUGGUUUUGAUAAGGAAUGAUCUUCUGGAUGUAGUGGCAAGUAUCCACUUGUCAAGAAAGACAGUCAAGAGGAUUCGAAUCAAUUUUGUCUUUGCUCUAAUUUAUAAUCUGGUUGGAAUUCCCAUAGCUGCUGGAGCUUUUCUGCCCAUUGGUUUGGUUUUGCAACCCUGGAUGGGGUCUGCAGCAAUGGCUGCUUCAUCUGUUUCUGUAGUACUUUCUUCUCUUUUCCUUAAACUUUAUAGGAAACCAAGUUAUGAGAAUUACGAAUUGCGUGUCCGGAGCCAGAUAGGACAGAAGAGUCCUUCAGAAAUCAGUGUUCAUGUUGGAAUAGAUGACACCUCCAGGAAUUCUCCAAGACUGGGUUUGCUGAACCAGAUUGUCAAUUACAGCAGAGCCUCCAUAAACUCACUACUGUCUGAUAAACGCUCCCUCAACAGUGUUGUUACUAGUGAACCUGACAAGCACUCGCUUCUGGUAGGGGACUUUAGGGAAGAUGACGAUACCAAUCUGUAAAAGGCCUCAGGGGAUGUGCACUGACACAACACUCAUGAAGUCGUGGAAGGAAUUUGUCAGCCUCAUGCUCUUACGAGUGAGAUUCAAUUUGAGUUUUAUUUGUUGAUAGUAAAAAUAUCUUUCUUGGUGCAAAAGCUCUGAACCUGGCUUUAUUCAAAAUGAGUCUCCAGCAGUUUUUGUUUUCGCUGGUAAUAAAUUAGGGUGGAACAGUAAGUUUAGAACAAGCUCUACAAUUAAAGGUUGCUGACUUGCUGCUAAUAUGACAGAUUGCUUUUAUUUGACCAAAAAAAAAUGCCCAAAGACAGGAUGAUUAAAAAUAUGAAGAUUUGAGAGCAUGACCUUGAGGUAUUCUUGAGCCUAUAUCCUUGCCCUACUGGGGAGCAAUGGUUUUCAAAGCACUGUACAAAGCAUCUAGUUUAGAAGGAAAACAGUUGAAACUGUUUAAAAAUAGAUGUGCCUUAUUUAUUGUAGGCUUUCUCUCACCUCGUUCUGCCUGCAUCUUUGUCCUUUUAUUCCCAAGAUGCUCCAGGAAAGUUUUUGUCAGCUUCCUUCAAGUGAGCCAGGUUUAGGUGGUUUUUCAUUGAUUAAAAUAACUGACAACAAUCACUUGGAGUGAGGCAGAAGGAUUGCAAGUUCAAAGCCAGCCUGGGCUAUAUAUGCCAGGACCCUGUCUCAGAACAUUUGAACUGACAACUUAUUCCUUUUAUUUUAUUUUGUAGCUCAGAAGACCUUAAGGGUCUACAGAGUUCUCUACUCUCCUGUCUGUCCACUGUUGUUAAAAAUUCCCAGGUUCUUCUUCCAACCUCUCUAACUCUGCUAGCUUUCAGUUCUUUCCUGCUGAGUUCAGCUCUAAUUAGUAGAGUCUGUCCAGCAGUCUCAGUCCAGAACUUAGCAUUUGACCUCUUUCACUGAAAAUAUUUGCAAAGAUUAACACUAUUAUUUUUCACAUAUAAUGGCCAAAUAAAAGUAACUGGACUCAUUAAAUUCAUCUUUUGGGAUAGCAUAUAAUCACUUGGCUGGCAUAUAUAAUUUAAUAAGAUACUAAUUACCUCUUGUGUUUUAGAUAAUUUGUCACAAUUACUUUAAAAUAAUGCUAUUACACAAACUUGCUUUUACCAAAAUUUAUAGAAAAUUGUAAUAGAGAAAUUCAGAUUUCACCAUUUAUAAUACCUUGUAGUCAAAUACAGUUUUCUAUUGUUUAAAACAUUUGUGCUUAUAAGUAAACUCCAAAUAUUUUGUUGCCACUCCAUACUUUAAACCAGUAGCACAAAGCCUAACGUAUGUGAUGUCUGCUCAGAAAAUGAUUUUUUCUGUUCUUCAGGUCAAUUUUUACAGAGCAGGGUCUAAUAUCAGAUGGGGAAGGCUUUCUUCUGUUCUGCCCCUUUUCUCUUUUCUUCUUUCAUCCAUACCCAAAAAUGUUUACAUUAGUCAGUGCUAUCUUUUCAGAUUUGGAAGAGGCCUAACUUGUCUAUGUUAGCUAUCUUAGAGAGAGAGGUGAAACUUUUGAUGAAGGUGCUAUUAAUCUAGAAAGGCAAACCUGUUUUAAUAAAGUAUGAUUGAGUUUGUACGUUUAAGCUGUAUUUUAGACUAAUCCCUACACCAUCUUCCAUGCUUACAGUUUGAGUUUUAAUUUUUUAAAUUCCACUGGCCCAUCUUAAUAUGCUUCAUUUACUUCCAGAAGAAAUCCCUAGUACUAGAGUUGUAUAAUAGAUUUUUCUCACUCUGGAUCCAAAUUGAGAACAGAAGCUUGGCCACACCAACUCCCCACCAGUUACUUCUGCUACACUUGUGCUGUUGAAUCCUCCUUUGCAUCUACAUCCUGUCAUAGGACAGUGAGGAUAGCAUUUCAAUUCUCACUACAAGAAAAAAAAGUGUUAGAAAGAAGCUGUAUUCAUAGGAGAGUGAGGUAAGUCAUACACGGGAUCACAUACAUUGCUUUUAGCUAGUCAGUAGCUUUAAGGAACUAGUUGUUGCCAAGGACAAGUUUUGUAAGUGCUUAUUCAUAUACAUAGGUACACACACAGAUCAACCAUACAGAAAGAAAAUGGAUGUCUGUUUGCAUCUGGCUAUUCUGAGGUCCUUUCUUUGUCACUCUUCUGUACUCAGCAGCCAUUCCCUCAGACAGAAGGCACCAUGAACACUUUGCUUUCUAGUGCUGGUGCAGACUCAGCUAGGAGCAACUUUAACUUAAAUAUCCAAAGAUGCCUUUUGAAUUUAAAGAUUAAAACACAACUAUUUAGUAUUGUAGUCUAAAAAAGUAUGGUUGAGAGGUGUGAAAUAGAAAUAUUUUUCCUGGUUUAGUAUCAACAUUUUAGGUAAAAUUGAUGCCUUAUGAACAAAUAAUUUUAUAUUAUGCUUUAAUUUUUAAAAAUUAUUCUUUAUUCAGAUACACAAAAUGCUUGAAAUAGCACUGUAGACAAGAUAUUUCCAAAAAUGUAAGACUGCAUAUCUCUUCUGUACACAGCUUAAAAUCAAAAAUGUAUAGCAGAGGAUUUUUCCAUUACUUGUGGAUUCUGCUUUAAAAUUAUUUUUCUUAAUAUUUAUUUUACUCUAUUUUGUUACUUUCUUUGGAUGAGGCAUCUGGUUACGGGUUAUUUUUUUAAAAAUAAAGACAUUUCUGCUAUCACUCCCUUUGGGUUAUUUUGUUUGUUUUCUAUAUUUAAAAUAUUUCUUUACCAAAUAAAAAUCUAGAUUCAUGCCAAAUUAUUACCAGUUUUUACACUAAAUUUAAGUCCUUCAAUAAGGUAUAAGUAAUCAGAUAAAACACAAAACAUUAAUUCUUAUUUUUCAAUCAAAGGCGCUUCUUGAAUGGCAUCAAUAAUACAUGUCUUUUGUAGCUACAACCAGGUGUCUCAGCCUUGUGUUUUUAAAGAAAUAUUUAGCUAAACAUUGUAAAACAUUUAUUAGUUUCCAAAAACAGGAGUGGACAAUGUGUGCAAUAUUUAUCUGCUGUAGCCUAGUGUUUUUUUCAUAUGUAUGUAAUUGAUCAUAUUUCUGCCGAGGAUGUGCCUUCAACUUUAUAAUUAUAGUGUUGUAAAAAAACAAA